CAUCGGAAGAGAGAUGAAUAUAUAAAUCCAUUGUUUGUCUCUAUGCAGGACAUAUGGAGAAAUGUCGCAGAUCUUCUUCGACUAUAAAUAGAAGAGCAGAUAAGAAAAGAGCAUCUUCUUGUAUCAACUAAAGUUGUAUUCAUCUCCAAGCUAAGUACCACUCUCAGUUUUCGAAUACACCACCCUCAAGUGUAGUUGGAACUAAAAAGAAAUGUCAACAGAAUCGUACGAAGAUGCCAUUAAAAGACUCGAGGAGCUUCUGAGUCUGAGUAAAAACGCGGAUCUCGGGAACGUUGCGGCUGCAAAAAUCAAGAAGUUAACAGACGAGUUAGAGGAACUUGAUUCCAACAAGCUAGAUGCCGUAGAGAGAAUCAAAUCCGGGUUUAUUCAUUUCAAGACAAAUCAUUUUGAGAAAAAUCCUACUUUGUACAAUGUACUUGCCAAGAGCCAGAGCCCCAAGUUUUUGGUGUUUGCUUGUGCGGAUUCAAGAGUUUGCCCUUCUCACAUCUUGAAUUUCCAACCUGGGGAAGCCUUUAUCGUUAGAAACAUUGCUAACAUGGUGCCACCUUAUUGCAAGACAAAAUACUCUAAUGUUGGUGCCGCCCUUGAAUAUCCAAUUACAGUUCUCAACGUGGAGAACAUUCUGGUGAUUGGUCACAGCUGCUGUGGUGGAAUAAAGGGACUCAUGGCCAUUGAAGAUGAUACAGCUCCCACUAAGACCGACUUCAUCGAAAACUGGAUCCAGAUUUGUGCACCGGCCAAGAACAGGAUCAAGCAGGAAUGUAAAGAACUAAGCUUUGAAGAUCAGUGCACCAACUGUGAGAAGGAAGCCGUGAACGUGUCCUUGGGAAAUCUCUUGUCUUACCCAUUCGUGAGAGAAAGAGUGGUGAAGAACAAACUUGCCAUAAGAGGAGCUCACUACGAUUUCGUGAAAGGAACAUUUGAUCUCUGGGAACUCGACUUCAAGAUCACCCCUGUCUUUGCCUUGUCUUAAAAGAUUCCUCCUCAAUCUUUUCUCUAUGUUUCUUCCAAGUGUGUUCUCGUAAUCUUCUUGUAACUUCAACUUUGCUACUUCUGUUUCAAAAUAAAUAAAAUAAGGCUUCUAAAGAGCACUCUUUUAUUUCCAUCCUCAUUGAUACAUAGAGAAUAUAACACUUUUGACACUUUCUUAGCUUAUACACAU